AUGAGCUGCAACCGGACCCGUGCCAACUGCCUGUUUCUCACCCCCUUGUCCUGGACGGAGGCUGCUCGCGCACGAUUUGCGGAAUCGGGCGGCAGCUCCAGCGACUCGAGAAAAGCGCGCUCGCUCGAGGCAUACGAGCGGGAGCGUGAGACUCCGCGUUCCGACUGGGGUCAGCGCUCGGAUUGCGACCUACCAAUACUGACGCUGGAGGACUGGCGGAAGAAGCAUCCCGAGGGUUAUCCGCAGAUUCCGGCCAGGCUGCAGCAGAGCACUACCAACGUGCUGCCCUGUUGCAGCCUGACUUUGCCCACUGCUCUCGCGCUGGCACACUUUGGCCAUCUGCUGCUCGCGUUCGGCGAGCUCUUCUCCGCACUCCUGCCACGGCAGUGUGCCGGCACAGUCGAGCCGGAGCAUCGGGCCGGUGGGCAGCUUGCACUGCCCGCCGAGCAACAACGCGCAUUGCGAAUUCAGGAUUACGGGACGCUGAGGAACCUCGCAAGCACGUGGCACAAUCAGAGCCGCGGCCGAUAUGUGAGCCUCUUCCACUGCCGUAGCAUCUUCUGCCACAGGCUCUUUUCCACGCUUGGCGUUCCCCGGCAGCUCGACGGCGGCCGGGAGCCCUCGUCUACCAAUCUUCUCAUUGGCGGACCCGGCAGUGGGCUUCCCUUUCACUUCCAUCGAGCCAAUUGGCAGAUGCAAAUAUUGGGAGACAAGGCAUGGUUCCUUCUGCCUCCGUCGGGCAUGACCGCUGAGCUGUCCAAGAAGGUUGGGCCCUUUCUCUAUCCCGCAGAGGGCUGGGCGCCUCAUCUGAGCGGACGUGCUAUUGGCGAGCGUCCGCUGGUGUGCGUGCAACGGCCGCGCGAAUAA